AAAGAAUACCAUAUCCUUUAAUUUCGCGUAGAUUGAGGCGUUCGAGAUAUCAUCAAAUUCACCCAAUACAAUUGGACAAUUUCCACAGCGUCUUCCGCUGUUCUCUCGACCGCGUCAUGGUUUCCAGUGUUGAUUUCGUUGGGACGAAACUCCCACAAGUUGCCCUGCUUGCCGCCACCUCUUGGGUACUUUAUCACCUUGUCAGAGGCACAUACCAGGCUUAUUUCGGUCCUUUACGCCAUGUACCGGGCCCAAAAUCCUGGAUUAUAUUCCCAUUCAUACCGAAGUUGAAGGAACUCUGGGGCACAUUUGACCAAGAUCUCCGCCGUUUCCAUCAGAGAUAUGGCCCUGUGGUGCGAUAUGCAUCGGAUGCCAUGACAUUCACCACCGGCGAGGCGUGGAAGACCAUCUACGGUCCGGCCCAUGGGCAAUUUCCAAAGUUCAUGGCCAAUCAGCAACUCGACCCCCAGUCAAACAUACUCAGUGCGGACGACGCAAACCACGCCCGGAUCCGCCGUGGUGUUUCACAUGCUUUUGCACCAAGAUCACUGGCGGAUCAGGAACCCAUGAUUCACAGCUUUGUCGAAUUGCUGGUACAAAGGCUGUCAGGUGUUGCAGAGUCCCGUGUACCAGCUGAGAUGGGGCGAUGGUUUCACAUCACAUCUUUUGACAUCAUUGCCGAUUUGACAUUCGGCGAGUCGUUAGGUGGCCUGGAGAAGAACGAUUUCCAUCAUGUCGUGGAGUGUGUGCUCUUGUUCAUAGAGAGGGGCAGAAAGCUUUUCCUUAUCAAUGACUUGCUCGGUCCUUUGGCGCGUCUCGUCAGGCCGGUGAUCGCACCAGGUGUGAUUGAGGGUUUCAUGGACCAGUAUACCUACACAAGGGCGGCGGUAGGCAAGCGUCUUGGAAAGAGCUCAGACGUGUCUCGAAAGGACUUCAUGUCGGGACUGCUACGUGGGAUGGGCGACAAGGACAUCAAGUCCACGGAAGAGCUCAUUACGAACGCGAAUACCAUAUUCGUGGCCGGAAGCGACACUACGGCCACGUUGUUGACGGCCUGCACAUAUUAUCUCCUGGCAACACCCCAUGCACACAAGAAAGCGGUGGAAGAAGUUCGCAGUGCUUUUGGAUCGGCAGCGGACAUCAACUUCGCCAAUGCCACAACUCGUCUCCCUUACAUGCUUGCAGUGCUCAACGAGACAUUUAGGCUCUACCCCCCUGUACCGACAUCGCUUGAAAGAAUCGUGCCCAAAACACCGGAGCCAAUCCACAUUGAUGGGUUGUAUCUUCCACCGGGGACCCGUGUCGGCGUUCACCAGUCUUCCGCAGGCCUCUCUGCUUCCAAUUUCGCACAGCCCGAGUCCUUCGCCCCAGAGAGGUGGCUUUCCAGCACCGCUCAGGACCAGUCAUCUCCAUUUUUUGCGGACAAGAGGGACUCUAUACAACCAUUCUCCUAUGGGCCCAGAAACUGCGUGGGCAAGCACCUGGCCUAUAACGAGAUGCGUCUCAUCAUGGCUAGGCUGCUCUGGGAAUUUGACAUGGAGCUGGACCCGUCGUCUCGCGCUUGGACCCAGCCUUACUCGGAGCACAAGAGCUGGGCCGUAUGGAGAAAACCACCCCUGACGGUCCAUAUCAAGAAGCGACAGCUCGAGAUAUAAGAAUCCAACGGCGGGCCCAGGAACAUCCGCAGGCAUUGCUUGAGCAUUCGGACCCCGCAGAUGAUGGCUGAGGCAUGCAUGAACGGCUUUGCCCUACAUCGUUGAUAAGUAGAAGUCCUCGCGCUCAUUGACAUCUUUAUACCUAGGUACCUACAAUUCCCUAGGGAAGAAUUAGACCAUCAAAUUUACAUUUUC